AUGGGCAAGCUUUCAUACGGUUCACCUAACUACCGUAUCCAUAGCCCUUGUAGGAGGGUUCCAACCCAAAGCACCCCACGCUUUGUGAUACAACCCAUUGUCAGUUCCCAGCCCCAAAAGAUCAAGGCGCUGGUCGGCCCAAGACGCGACCACGGGGGCGCUGUUGAAGGUGCCACCCAACGCCUCCCAGCCCGUGACAGAAGGAUACCAUGCACCGCUCCACCAAGCCUUGUGAUACAUUUGGUAGUCCGUCCCGAGGCCAAAUAUAUCGAUCCGGUUGCAACCCCAAGACACCACAGCGGGGGCGCUGGUGAAGACGCCGCCAAGGGCCUCCCACCCGGAACCCCAGCUAUUGCCGUCCCACGCUCUGUGGAAGACACCGCCGAGGGGUUGCCAGCCAGAGCUCCAGUUGCAGCCGUCCCAUGCCUUGUGGUACAUCUGGCGGUCGGUUCCAAGACCAAAGAUAUCGAGCCGGUUCUGGUCCCGGGAGACAACGGCCGGUGGGCUCGUGAAGACGCCGCCGAGAGCUUCCCAGCCGGAGCUCCAGUGUCUGCCGUCCCACGCCUUGUGGUACAUCUGGCUGUCGGUGCCGAGGCCGAAGAUAUCCAGCCGGUUUUGGCCCCAAGAAACGGCGACCGGCUGGCUGGUAAAAGUACCGCCGAGGCCUUCCCAGUUGGGAGUCCAGCUGCUGCCGCCCCAUGCCUUGUGGUACAUCUGCUUAUCGGUGCCGAGGCCGAAGACGUCCAGCCGGUUCUCGCCCCAUGA